UUCAUUUCCCAUAAUGCAACAGCAGCUGCACCAAAAGCUAACUGGCCAUGUUGAGCACUGAGUGAAUGCUUCUCUUGCUUGAACUUCUAUUGCACUUGAGCUUUUGCUCAAGCUAUUUUGAUACUUUUCAAACAUGUGCACUGGUGUGCUUUAUUGUUAGCUGAGUGUCCAUGAGCUGCGAACCAGCCGGCGGAGUUAGCAACAAUCUUCCGGAAAAGAAACAUUCCCUGCUGGACUGUUGUGGAGGUCUCGGCAACAUCGACUACUCCAAGAUGGACUUGAAGGUGUUUGAGCAAGUCUUAAAACAUAUCAACGUCCACGACCCCAACUUCCACAUUGCUGUGAUUGCAAUCAUUUUCAACCCACUUUUCUGGAAUGUGGUAGCAAGAUGGGAGCACCGGACACAAAAACUGUCGCAGAUGUUUGGAAGCCCCUACCUUGCCUGUUAUUUCCUGGCCUUUCUUAUCCUCCUCCUCAAUGUGUAUCGCAGCCACAGCAUGGCCAUAGUCAUGAAGAGCCAGGCCAAGUGGGAGCUACUAGACACCAAUGAAGUCUUUCACACGGGCGUACUUCUGGUGGCGCUGGGCUCUCUCCUUGUCGUCAGCAGCUUUCUCGCUUUGGGAUUCACCGGAACGUUCCUUGGGGACUACUUUGGCAUUGUGAUGGAUGAGAAGGUGACAGGCUUUCCCUUCAGUCUCACAGCAAAUCCAAUGUACUGGGGCAGCACGGCAAACUACCUUGGCUUGGCACUGAUAGGUGCAAGUCCAGCGGGUCUCGUCUUGACCGCAAUUGUCGCCUUGGUCUACAAGAUAGCCGUACGCUUUGAAGGCCAAGCAUGACAGCAGAGUCAGACCUUGCCCAGACGCUUGUGAUAUAAGCCAUACACCGGCGGCGGCGGCGGCUGCGGCGGACGUGGUUACGCAGUGAGUGACAUAAGCCGGCCGUAAGUGCAGCUUCCAUUUCAAGCGCUUUGGCAAAAGCAAUUAUGAGAAAAACUUCAAUGAUGAAUAUUUCAUUUAUUGCGCUUUGUUUGCAAAUGAGAUGUCCAAAUAAUGCGAAGACACAGAAAAUGAAGAGGAGACUUGGAAGUGAUGUGUGAUGUGUACACACAUUUCAAAGUAACUGAGUAACCCACUGGUUUCCUUUAAUAUCCUCCUCGUCCGCCGGCCUCUGCACCUCAUCACCGACUUGACUCCGGACGGCCGGACGGCCGGACGGCCGGCUAAGGUUUAACUAAGCCACAGGAAGUCAUUUGCAGUGAUAGUCAUACAUUGACUUUUCAAUUUGACAACGGGGGCCACUCUUAGCCUUCAGGAAGUCACAUUUUGUGUCAUUGAAGAAAGAGUUCACAUGAAGUCAUCACCCCCCCCCCCCUCUUCUAAGCGGCAAAUAAACACGGCGUGCGUGUGUGCCGUGUAAGAAGCCUCAAAAUUGCGUAAUGGGUCCCAUGAGGACUUGAGAGCAGCAACAUUUUGCGUCCUUUCACCCACAUGCACUCUUGUUUAGCUCUUCCUGCGGACUUGUGACUCCUUCUGCCCCCUAAAUUUAGCCUUCUGAUGUCAGCAAUGCGUACUACCUUUGAUUUGAGGGUCUUGCUGUUUAGUCAAGGGCAUUGUAUUUAGUGGCUGCUUGGUGAUUUCAUAAAGAGUGUAUUGAACAGCACAAAGCAGAUCUAAUGAGGUAUGUCUCAGAUGACUUGAAGAAGUGAUUUGUUUUCCUUCAAGCUGACCAAUGGAGGGAUGGUUGCUGAAAAUGGGCCCAAUGGGCUGACAAACGAAGCCCUCGAGCU